AUAUGCGGCCUUUAGUUACGUACGUACAGGUGCGAGGGACACUCGUAGUUAACCUCUUUACGUCAAUUAUAUAUAUAUGGUAUACUGUUUUCCGAAUUUUCGAAGCUUUUAUGUUUUUUGUCUCGCAGCUGCAGAUACCGUGUGCCACGUUGUGACUUUAACAGUGAAUCUGUGUAGACUUCGACUUGUUUAGUGAAGAAUUCGGAAACUAUCAUUGAUAUUUCGUUUAUCGAUCUUAGUACGUUAUUUUUAGACUUGGCAGAUAUGCAGGUGCGGCUGCGUUUGUGCAUCUGAAAGCUUUUUUGAUUGCAUGCAGCUGUCUUGAGAAAUGUUGAUUUCUUUGUGUCUGAAGGGAUUACGAUGCAGGUUCCAAUUAAUUUCGAACACGAUUAGAAGUUCGUAGAGAGCUCAGUGGUAGCAGGUAGGCGAUUUAUACAAGUACAAGAGGACAGUGGAAGUCUGUGAAGAAGAGAUUUUUUUUAAAAAUCAAAAUUUUUACGUAAAUGCCACUUUCGUAUUGCGUCCGUCAUACGUAUCUUGAAACAAACAGAAGGAUGAUACGUGCAGGGACUCACGGUUCUAUUAUGACGAAUCCAACGCGGCAAUACGAAAAUGAAACCCCAUUGAAAGGAUAAUUCGAUCAUCUGUAAUAAGGGUUGAAAACAACGUAUAUCGUGGAAACAUCACAAUGGACGACACUAUCAACUAUUUUGCGUCGAGCGAUUCAGACUGCUCGGGUAGGUCAUUGGCCACCCUUGUAAUAGCAUGGGUGGGAGCGGCCAUGAUCGCUUCCAUAUUACUGCGAUGGACGUACAUGUGGAUUGCCUUAACAGUCCUUACAUUGCUUUUCUUGGUCGCCUGCGGUUACGCAACGUGCAACGCAAGAAGAGCCCAUCUGAGAGCAAUGAUGGAAGAAGAGGAGUGGCAAGCUGGGCGACAAAGAAGAAGAGAAAGAAGACUAGAGACAGUAUCGGGAGGAGUGGAUAAUUAUCCCGAGGUAAUAAAUCCACCAGCAUAUGAAAACUAUUGGAUCACAGAUUUACCACCGGCUUAUACGGUAGUGGUCGGAGAACAUGGAUCCGAACAUGCAAAUCUUCCACCACUUCCAGACGAGGGACCAGCCAUAUCCAACCGUCGAAAUUCAAAUCCGCCACCGUAUUCAGUUGCAAUUCAGUCCGAACCUGCGGCGCUAGCGUCGCAGUCUCAGAGCGGACCAAUCACGGAUCAGAAUGGACAUCAUUCCCAAUCGACGGACCAAUCCGGUCUGGUGUAUCAAAGUAUGGGACGGACUGUGCUGACACCUGGCGGUCAAUCUAGUCAACAUUACUCGAACUUCUCGAGAAGAAACGUCGCGGAUGAAGACAAACAGGAACAAGACGCAGUUCGUGCUAAUCCGCAGCCUCAAAAUUCAACGGUUUUAUUAUCGGGGACGCAAUAUCUUACGAAUAUAAUUAACAGUACUUUUGGUAGAGGACAGAGAAGAGUGAACACUGAAAAUUCUGGUCAAAAUAAUGCAUUGAAUACGGAGAGCUCCAGUAACUCUCAAAACAGCAAUGGCAACAACAACAGCAACAACAAUUCUAAUAUAAACAGCGUGGAUAUACAGUCCACAAUCGGUACGGUGACGAAUUCUAGGAAUGAUACACCUAGAACUUAUUUCUCAAAUUCAUCUAGUUGUUGAAGAAAAGAUGGUGAUUUUAUUAUUGCUUGCUGAGCUUAGGCGGUGGAGUUUUAAUACUUGUGCUUUCUUUUGCGGUAUACUUGGUAUAUAAUAUUUCAUAUGUGAUUGCAGCUUCCUGUUCAAGGUAUUGUAAAUAUUACAGAUUGGUUAUUUUUAUACAAUUAUCUUAUAUCACUGUCUGUACACCUGACUGGUUAAUAGCUUUCUGUUCAUGUUUGCAAUAUUAUGUUCAUUUUUCUUUUAGCACUGAGCACGUCAUUGAGUAUUUUUGAAACGAUUAUAAUCAAAUUUGGAAAUUGUGCUACCCGUCCAGUAUUGUAGGAGUAGAACAACUAGAAUGAUAAAAGUAGUUGUACUGUAAAAAAUAAGAGUAAUUUAAUCCAAUUUUCCCCUAAUUUUCAAUUUUAGACUCGAGAGAAAAUUCUUAGUCGUCCUCUUUGUCGCGUCCAAGUGCGAUAACGAUCAGCCACUUUCAAGAAGGCACAAGUCCAAUUUCCAAAAACUGUUAAAAGACAGUUUUCCCGUUAAUCGUGAUAACUAAGUUUAAUUGAACAAAAAUUAAAAAAAAAAAGUCGUACCUCAUCCCAUUAUAAAUUUAAUGUUAAUUUAGUAACGUUAACUUAAAAAUAUAUUAAUCUUAUGUUCCUAUCGUUACAAAGUAUCAUAGAAAAUUGUAAAAAUUUUUUAUAGAAUUUUAAUUCACUCAAAUUUAUUUUUAAUAACACAAGUCAAUACGUUUAAUUUAACAGUGAUAUAUAUAUCGCGAGAAUAUAAUAAUUAUUAUAAUAACUGCGCUAGUAAGAAAUUAUAUGUAUUUCGAAAUCGAAUUUCACGUAUUAAUUGAAACUGUCAUUAUUUUUUUUAUUAAUUAUAUAUAUAACUAAUCCGAAGCAUAAUCGGCUUGUAAAUACUCGGUGGAUUUCGAAAGAGGCUCCAAUAAUGUAAAUUGCGAAUUAAUUCGCACAUUUAGUCAAUCUAUACAAGUCACGCUGAGAUACAGAAAUAAACUUUUUUCAUUUUAA